CCAGAGUCAUGACGGGUGUGCUGAAGAAGACCAUUGGCCUUGUGGGAUUGGCUGUAUGCGAGAGUCCACAAGAGAGGCUAAGAAUAUUGUAUACAAAGAUUUUUUUAUGUUCUUGAGCAAAUCCCUAAAAAUGCAGCAUAUAGAAAGUAUACAGAACAGAUUACAAAUGAGACACUGGCUAUGGUUAAAGCGGAACCAGAUGUUAAAAAAUUAGAAGACCAGCCAGGCGCAGUGGCUCACUCCCGUAAUCCCAGCACAUUGGGAGGCCAAGGCAGGCAGAUCACCUGAGGUCAGGAGUUUGAGACCAGCCUGGCCAACAUGCCAAAACCACGUCUCUACUAAAAAUACAAAAAUUAGCCGGGCAUGAUGGUGCAUGCUUGUAGUUCCAGCUACUUGAGAGGCUGAGGCAGGAGAAUCGCUUGAACCCAGGAGGUGGAGGUUGCAGUGAGCCAAGAUCAUGCUACUGCACUUCAGCCUGGGCAACAGAGUGAGACUCUGUCUCAAAAAUUAAUUAAUUAAUUAAUUAAAUAAAAAUAAAAAAUCAGAAGACCAACUUCAAGGUGGUCAAAUAGAAGAGGUGAUUCUGCAGGCUAAAAAUGAACUAAGUCUGGCAAGAAAAAUUAUGCAGUGGAAACCAUGGGACAGACUCCUGCCAAUCAGUGGAAAUGGCCAAUAUAAUUAUUAAAUGACUCUGGUAGGUUGAUGGGAAACUGAUGUAAUUAAAUAUUCUCUUAUAUUAAGAGUGUGGGCCAGGUGCAGUGGCUCACACCUGUAAUCCCAGCACUUUGGGAGGCCAAGGCAGAAGGAUCAUUUGAGGUCAGGAGUUUGAGACUAUCCUGGCCAACAUGGUGAAACCCCAUCUCUACUAAAAACACAAAAAUUAGCCAGGCAUGGUGGCACGCACCUGUAAUCCCAACUACUCAGGAGGCUGAGGCGGGAGAAUCGCUUGAACCUGGGAGGCAGAGGUUGCAGCGAGCCGAGAUCAUGCCAUUGCACUCCAGCCUGGGCGACAGAGCAAGACUCCAUCUCAAAAAAAAAAAAAAGGCAAAGAACCCUUGUGAACUGUUGGUGGGAUUGUAAAUUGGUACAGUCAUAUGUAAAACAGUAUAGAGGUUCCUCAAAAAAUUCAAAAUAGAACUAUCAUAUGAUCCAGCAGUCCCACUUCUGGAUAGGUAGCCAAAAGAAUUGAAAACAGGGUCUGUCUCUAAGAUAUAUUUGCACACCCAUGUUCAUAUCAGCAUUAUUUACAAUAGCCAAGAGGUGGAAACAACCAAAAUGUCCAAUAACACAUGAAUGGUUAAACAAAAUGUAGUAUAUACAUGCAACAGAAUAUUAUUCAGCCUUAAAAGAGAAGGAAAUCCUGUCACAUGCUAUAACAUGGAUGAACCUUGAGAACAUUAUGUUAAAUGACGUAAACCAGUCACAAAAAGACAACUACUGUUUGAUUCCGUUUAUAUGAAAUACUUAGUCAAAAUUAUAGAGAGAGAAAGUAGAAUGGUUACCAAAAGCUGUGGGUAGGGGGAAAGGAGUUGUUUAAUGAGUAUGAAGUUCACAUUUUGCAAGAUGAAAAAGUUCUGGAGAUCUAUUUUACAACAAUGUUAAUAUAUGUAACAUUAAUGAAGUGUACACUUCAAAAUGGUUAAGAUGACACAUUUUGUGUUAUAUAUUUUUUAACCACAAUUAAAAAUGCAUUAAAAUUUUUUCUUAAAUGAGACAGGGUGUCACCAUGUUUGCCCGGGCUGAUCUCAAACUCCUGGCCUCAGGAGAUCCGCCCAUCUCAGCGUCCUAAAGCGUUUGGAUUACCGGUGUGAGCCACUGCGUUUGGCCACCCUAAAAUAUUUUUAAAAGGAAAAACAAACAAACAAAAAAACCUAGCCCAUAGUUCUAGACUUUCUCUUUGCCUCACAUUAAUUUACUCCCACUACUUCGAUAAAAAUAAUUAGGGUGAAAAAAACAGGGGGAGCUAAGAGCUUGUACAGACAUUUCUCUAAAGAAGAUACACAAAUGGCCAACAAACACAUUAAAACAUGCUCAACAUCAUUAGUCAUUAGGGAAAUGCAAAUCAAAACCACGAUGAGUCUCAGCUACUCCAGAGGCUGAGACAGGAGAAUGCUGGAGGCCAAGAGUUCCAGACCAACAGGAUCUCGCUUUGAGCAACAAAGCGAGACCCUGUCCCUACAAUAAAUUUUUAAAAAAUUAAAAAAAUAACAAGUGUUGGCCAUGAUUUUGAUAAAGUGCGGUCCUUAUACAUUGCUGGUGGGAAUCUAAAAUGGUUCAGCUGCUUUGGAAUACAGUUUCAGUUUCUCCCUGAGUUGAGAAUAGAACUAUUAUAUGACCCAGCAAUUUCACUCUUAGGUAUAUACCUAAAAUAAUUUAAAACAAGUACUCAAACAUAGAAGAACUAUUUACAAUAGUUAAAAGGCAGAAACAACCCAAAUGUCUAUUAAUGGAUGAAUGGAUAAACAAACUGCGGUCUAUAUCUACACUAGAAUAUUAAGCCAUAAAAGCAGUGAAGUACUAAUACAUGCUACAACUCAAAAGACUAGAAGACAGACACAAAAGAUCAAUAUUGUAUGAUUCCAUUUUUAUGAAAUAGGUACGUCCACUGAGACAGAACACAGAUUGGUGGUUGCCAGGGCCUGGUCGAAAUGGGGAAGGGGCAGCAACUGCUUAACAGGGUACAGGGUUUUCUUUUAGGAUGAUGAAAAUGUUUUGGAACUAUAUCGAUAGAGAUGGUGGUUGUACAGCAUUGUGAAUGUACUAAAUGCCACUGAACUGUUCACUUUAAAAUGACUAGUUAUGUCAAUUUCACCUCAACAAAAAAAUGACAUACAGUACUCAGAUUUUAAAAAGCAUCAUUUCACCAAGAUUCCAUGAAUUAAUGUGAGAUGAUCAAAGAAGAUUCAGUAGAAUCGUUCAACUUCGAACGUAAAACAGUCCUAAACUCAAACCUUUGUGACACUAAAGUGGGAAGAUGGUAUGUGAUAAUUUUAGAAAGUAAAAAUUAUUCUUGUUUACUUGGUCUCCAACUCGAACUUUUUUUUUUGAGGCGGAGUCUCUCUCUGUCGCCUGGGCUGCAGUGCAGUGGUGCGAUCUGGACUCAUUGCAACCUCCGCCUCUCGGGCUCAAGCGAUUGUCCGUGCCUCAGCCUCCCUAGUAACUGGGACUACAGUCGCCUCCCACCACGCCUGGCUAAUUUAUCUAUUUUUAUGAGAGACGGAGUUUCGCCAUUUGGCCGGGCUGGUCUCGAACUCCUGACCUAAGAUGAUCCGCCCGCCUCGGCCUCCCAAAGUGCUGGGAUUACAGGCGUGAGCCAUCGCGCCCGGCCUUGCCCUCCUAUUUUGGCACCGUCAGAUGCAAAGUGUCCGGGACAGAAGUGGGGCUCUGCUGGCGACCAGCUCCAAAACCCAGGCAGCGUGGAAAAGACUAGACAGGGAAGGGGUUAGCCCUCAGAAUUACACGCGGGCUUGCCUUACCAGACUACCACUACUGGCACAACCUCACACCCACACCCAACCGACUUCACCUCCCAAGCCCUGAUUAAUCUCGACCCGGAAGUGCCGCCCACCCAUGCUCACUUCCGCUAUCCCGUACUUCUGCUCAUCUCGCGAUAACUGAAAGUGCCUAUGUGACCUGCGCUAAGCGGAAGUUGGCCCUCUUUUCCGUGGCGCCUCGGAGGCGUUCAGCUGCUUCAAGAUGAAGCUGAACAUCUCCUUCCCAGCCACUGGCUGCCAGAAACUCAUUGAAGUGGACGAUGAACGCAAACUUCGUACUUUUUAUGAGAAGCGUAUGGCCACAGAAGUUGCUGCUGACGCUCUGGGUGAAGAAUGGAAGGGUUAUGUGGUCCGAAUCAGUGGUGGGAACGACAAACAAGGUUUCCCCAUGAAGCAGGGUGUUUUGACCCAUGGCCGUGUCCGCCUGCUACUGAGUAAGGGGCAUUCCUGUUACAGACCAAGGAGAACUGGAGAAAGAAAGAGAAAAUCAGUUCGUGGUUGCAUUGUGGAUGCAAAUCUGAGCGUUCUUAACUUGGUUAUUGUAAAAAAAGGAGAGAAGGAUAUUCCUGGACUGACUGAUACUACAGUGCCUCGCCGCCUGGGCCCCAAAAGAGCUAGCAGAAUCCGCAAACUUUUCAAUCUCUCUAAAGAAGAUGAUGUCCGCCAGUAUGUUGUAAGAAAGCCAUUAAAUAAAGAAGGUAAGAAACCUAGGACCAAAGCACCCAAGAUUCAGCGUCUUGUUACUCCACGUGUCCUGCAGCACAAACGGCGGCGUAUUGCUCUGAAGAAGCAGCGUACUAAGAAAAAUAAGGAAGAGGCUGCAGAAUAUGCUAAACUUUUGGCCAAGAGAAUGAAGGAGGCUAAGGAGAAGCGCCAGGAACAAAUUGCGAAGAGACGCAGACUUUCCUCUCUGCGAGCUUCUACUUCUAAGUCUGAAUCCAGUCAGAAAUAAGAUUUUUUGAGUAAUAAAUAAAUAAGACCAGA